AUGGACCCAUUCUUACUACCCCAGGUGGUCCAGACAUUGACUAUGAAUGGUGAGGAGGAAGGGAGACCUUUUCGUGUCUUGCAAAGAGCCAAUUUCUACCUUCGACCCACACCCAACAACUACCACCAGUUCCAGGCCUUGGUGUUUGCAGUUAGAGAAAUCAACAAGGAUCCGGUUCUCCUGCCCAACAUCUCCCUGGGCUUCCACAUGUAUGACAACAGCCAGUGGGAACGGAGCAUUUCUUCAAUCAGUCUCAUGCUGCUCUCCACACGUGACCGAAUGGUUCCAGGUUAUAAAUGUGACAGGCAGGACUCUCUUCUCUCUGUCAUUGGAGGUGACAAUGCCAAAUCCUCAAGGCUGAUGGCCUCCAUCUUCAGCCUCUUCAAGGUCCCACAGCUCAGUGUCGGCUUUGAGUCCGCUUGGGAAGACAGAAGAGUUUAUUCUUCCUUCUUCCGGAUUAAUCCCAAGGAUUCUGCUCAGUAUGUGGCUUUAGUCCAGCUGCUCCUGCAUUUCCAGUGGAACUGGGUUGGACUUUUGGCCACUGGGAGCGACAGUGGGGCAGAUUUCCUCUCGACUCUGAGGCCAAUGCUGAAGGAGAAGGAGAUCUGUGUGGCCUUCACUGAAACGGUGAAAGAUGAUUCUAUACAGCAUAUAAUCCAGUUACUUUUACAUUCCAAAAUGGACCACAUUGUUGAUAUCUCAGAAUUCAGGCACUUCCUCCGGUCUUUAGACCCUUUGAACCCACAAGGUGAUAUGUUUCUCCUGUCCUGGUGGGAACAGGUAUUUGGGUGCCGGUUCCGCAAACCAGGUUCCAGAAAAGAUUUGGAUUUGGAAGAACUUCCUGAAGGCCAGGAUUCCAUUAGGCAUUUCCCUUUUCUCUUUCAGAAGGUGCCCUUUGCCAGGUGUGGCCUGAAGAGGUGCCAGGCAGGAGAGAGGAGGAGAGUUCCAGAGGGAGAGCAGGUCUGUUGCUACCAAUGUGCCCCUUGUCCAGAAGGGACCAUUUCUAAUCAGACAGAUGCAGCCCUCUGUGAUCCUUGCCCAGAAGACCAAUAUCCCAACAAGGAGAAGGACCACUGCAUUGCCAAGAAGAUCCACUUCCUCUCCUAUCAAGACCCCCUGGGAUAUGCUUUAUCCUCUUUAGCUCUUUUCUUUUCUCUGCUCACAACUGGUAUCCUGGUGACUUUCCGUAAGCAUCGUGACACACCGAUUGUCAAGGCCAACAACCGAGAUCUCACCUACCUUCUCCUGGUCUCCCUCCUGCUCUGCUUCCUCUGCUCCUUCCUCUUCAUUGGUCAACCUGGGAAGCUCACCUGUCUCUUCCGACAAACUGUCUUUGCCAUUCUCUUUUCCCUGGCAGUUUCCUCUGUCUUGGCAAAAACUGUCAUGGUGGUUCUUGCCUUCAUGGCUACCAAGCCAGGGAAAAAGACAAGGAAACUCUUAGGAAAACCACUGACUAACUCCAUUGUCUUGGCCUGUCCCCUGGUCCAGGCAAUUCUUUGUGCCACCUGGCUGAUAGCCUCUCCCCCAUUUCCCAACAUGGACUUCCACUCACUAGUAGGAGAGACCAUCUUGGAAUGUAAUGAAGGCUCAGCUUUAAUGUUUUACACUGUCUUAGCCUAUCUGGGUUUCUUGGCCCUUGUGAGUUUCACUGUGGCCUUUUUGGCUAGGAAAUUGCCUGAUAGUUUUAAUGAAGCCAAGUUCAUUACUUUCAGCAUGCUAGUCUUUUGCAGUGUUUGGAUCACUUUCCUUCCCACCUACCUGAGCACCAAAGGGAAGUCCAUGGUGGCCGUGGAGAUCUUCUCCAUCUUGGCCUCUGGGGCUGGUCUCUUGGCUUGCAUCUUUUUCCCCAAAUGCUACAUUAUCCUAUUCAGGCCUGAUCUGAAUCAGAGAAAAAAUAUAAUGGGGCACAAGAAUCUCUGA